AUGUUCUUUGAGGGCGAGCAGCAAAAAGUGCUCGCUGACCUCCUCAAGACUGGCGACUACUCCGAUCUCACGAUCUCAUGCGGGAAGGAUCAGUACCACGUCCAUAAGGCAAUCAUUUGCCCACGAUCGCCCUUUUUUAAGGCCGCUUGCGAUGGUAAAUUUAAGGAGGCACAAACAGGCACCAUCGACCUUCCUGACGACGAUCCGAUUGCAGUGCGCAUGAUGAUUGAGUACUUGUAUCAUGCUACGUAUAUGCCGCCGGAUGGGACAACUAUCAUUCGAGAUGACGCUAUUGAUGCGCAUCUCUCAGAAACCGAAUACAAUGAUGAGCAAGAGAAGGGGAAGAUGGAACUCUAUGGCGCAACUUUCAUCGGCAACAAGAGGAUCAAGAGGCUCACUGCACUACCAGAGGCUCCGAAUACUCCCAUCUCUCACCCUCUACCCUCUCCAUUCGGUCCAGCCGCUCCUACUACUCCUCUGCAACCCGCAGCUUCUCAGGGACCAAGCAGAGGAUCUGGCCAAAGCCGACAAGGACGCGGUGUUUUCGCAGGUCUCAACUUGCCCUCAGGCCACAAUCCCCCCCAAGCUUCGCCGAAUCAAUCAUCUUCCACACCCGGCCCAUCAUCUUUUACAUCGCCUGCGCCAUCACCAACUCCGCCUCCGCCUCAACGAUCGUCUGCUCGUCAGCAAUCCAUUCCUGCCGCAAAUCUCCAUCUCCACGCCAAGGUCUACGCCCUCGGAGAAAAGUACAGCAUCAAGCCCCUCAAGACACAAGCUCUUGCCAAAUUCGAGGUUGAAGCCCCCUUUCAUUUUCACACCGACGACUUCUUGCAGGCAAUCAGAGAAGUAUAUACCUCAACCAUUGAAACAGACCGUCCUCUCCGUGAUGCUGUGGUCGUGGUCUUGAGAAGCAAUAAGCAUUUGCUGAAGAAGGAGUCUGUGAAGGCAAUCCUCAAGGAUACUACCUUGGGUUUGAGCUUUGAUAUGGUGAUGGGAUUGGCAUCGGAAUGA